AUGAGUAUGGUGUGUUCAUCUUUUACUUCAGGUCCCAGGCAGUAUGAUGAGACAUUCUAUGAAUUUCGUACUAAUUACAUUAAACCUUCAAAGAUGAAUGAAUUCCUGGAAAAUAUGAAGAAAAACAUUCAUCUUCGGACUGCUCACUCUGAACUGACUGGAUACUGGAAUGUAGAAUUUGGAGGCAGAACAAACAAAGUGUUUCAUAUCUGGAAGUAUGACAAUUUUGCUCAUCAAGCUGAAGUUCGGAAAGCUUUGACCAAAAAUAAGGAAUGGCAAGAACAAUUCCUCAUUCCAAAUUUGCUUCUUAUGGAUAAACAAGAGUGUGAAAUAACUUACCUGGUACCAUGGUGCAAAAUACAAAAGCCUCCAAAAGAAGGAGUCUAUGAGCGGGUUACUUUUCAAAUGAAACCUGGUGGACCAGCUCUGUGGGGCGAAGCAUUUCAAAGGGCAGUUUAUUCGCAUAGCAAUCUAAACUACAGCAAACUGGUUGGAGUUUGCCACACAGAAUAUGGAGUCCUCAAUAAAGUUCAUGUUCUUUGGUGGAAUGAGAGUCCAGAUAGCCGUGCAGCUGGGAGACAUCAGUCUCAUGAGGACCCCAGAGUUGUGGCCGCUGUUCGGGAAAGUGUCAACUACCUAGUCUCACAGCAGAAUAUGCUCCUGAUUCCUGCAUCAUUUUCACCUUGA